AAGAGAAGUCACAAUGGGCUGGUCAGGAGCCGCUGUUUUUUUUUUUUGACAGGUGAGAUGAGUUGAGUUCAGGAAAAUCCCAUGGGUUACCGAUAUUCCACUUUUCAUGGGCAAUAAGGAUAGCUUUCCGCUGUCCUUUUUAUUUUAAAACAUAAGUAGAACCGUUUCAUUAUAAUCUAGAAUGCCGAAUCUGAAAAGGAGAGUACGAGUAGCAGCUUGCAGCAGCCAUCGACCCAAGCAAGCUAGAUAAAGACGGAGUGGUUCUAGUCUUGGGACGCCAGCCAGUUGUUCAUUGGUUUUUCUCUUGCCAGCUAUAGGGACCCUCUCUUGGAUGCUCUUACGAGCUUUGGGCUUCCAGCAUGAUGUGUAACCGUGGUGACAACAGAGAGCACCCACACCCAUCCCUCUCUCCCUUCCCCUGGGCUGCUGCCCCUCCCACACCCCCCUCACCCUAAAGCAGUCCUAACCACACAAAGAUGGCGGACAGGAAGGAGCCACCAAUCUAUAAUGAUGACAGCGUGGGGGCCUUCCAGUACAAGUUGCCGUUCUACGAGACCAUGGAGCUGUUCAUCGAAACGUUGACUGGGACCUGCUUCGAGCUGCGCGUCUCGCCCUUUGAGACAGUCAUCUCUGUCAAGGCCAAGAUCCAGAGGCUGGAAGGUAUCCCCGUUGCCCAGCAACACCUGAUCUGGAACAACUUGGAGCUGGAGGAUGAGUACUGUCUGCAUGACUACAGUAUUGCUGAGGGCUGUACACUGAAGCUGGUCCUGGCCAUGAGAGGAGGACCCAUCAACACCAGGAGAGUGUCUGUGGAGGACCCAGUGAAAGAUAUGGCAGAGUUGAUGGAGGGAGGCAGGGAGGAGGGCUGGGAGAAGAGUAUGCCUAGCAACAAGCAGGUCACCUUCCUGGUGUACCGAGAGGGAGACCAGCUCAACUUUUUCCGGGUCAUCGACCGAGGGGACGGAACUCUGACCCCUGUCUCAGAAUCAUUCAGUGGUGGCUCGGUGUACAACAUGUUCUCUGAGGAGGAGGACAACGACAGUGAGGGCUUGCCUUUGGUCCAGCCAACCCUGGAGAACUGUAUCACCAUGAACAAGAUGAAGCUGCUCAAAGCCAAGAUGGAGGACAUGAACAUCAACAAGAAGCCUAAGAAGUCUGCCAAGUUGGAACCUCUUCCCCCCGUCGGUCCCCGGCCCUGCAGCAGCUCUCUGGACCUCUUUGGCCCCCGACACCACCGUCUCUUCCGCGUCCUACCCGAGAUCAACCAAUCCCAUCAUUCCGCCUCACACUUACCUCCAAUCAGGGACCAGGGAUCCAUAACUCCCUCCCCUCCCGCUGCUGCCUCCGCCUCCACCCACCUGUCAAGCAGCGGCCGAGCUCUGCCCUAUUUAUCUUCCUCGUCCUGUUACAUGCUCCAGGAGGAGGAGCCAUGGGAGUCCAUCCCCAAGUUGAUCAGACCCCCUCCUAAAGUGUCCCGGUUGGAGAUCGGCAGCGCCAGGCUCAUGAGGGACUGUGUGUACCCGCAGCUCCCCGUGCUCUCCAGCAGGGGUCAGGUUGGUGGGGCCACAGAGCUGCCUGACCCCGGAAGAGAGGCACUGGGCCAGGGGUUGCUGGACGAGGCGGUGGGCCUGCUGGAGCCCACACCGCCUAGAGCUUUGUACGGAGGAGACCUGCUCUCAGAUCCCCUCAGCCUGGAUAUCUCUUCACAGCCAGAGAUGGAUCUGGGUGGGUUGGAUGGGCUAGGAGCCCUGGGGGUUGGAGCAGAGCUCCAGCUCCCUUCCACCCCCUCUCUGCUCUCCCAAGCUGUGGGGAUGAACUCUUUAAACAACUGGGCAAUGGGUGGUUCUGAUAGGCUAGCCUGGAAAGGGGAGAGGACACCUUUACUUGGCAACACCCUUCAUCAUAUUCCCGACUCUCCUUCCUCAUCAUCCUCCCCCUCAAGUAGACCAAGACUACCACAACCCUUUGAGUUUUCCGGCUCAACAACGUCACCCCUACGACCCAAUCUCCACUCCUCCUCCCACCCCACCACUUUUCUCACCCCUCCUCCUCCUGCUAGCCCCUCUCCUCCUCACGGCUCUCGUUUGCGAGGCAUCAAUGUGGACUCCCCAGGCAAGUGGCCGGAGAUGAUCAGUAAAAGCGAGGCGCGUGGCAUCACCAAGCUGGCCAACCAGGCCUGUAAGGAGCCUCUCGGGUCCCUCCGCAACACAGAGCUCCUGGCCUCUCUGUCCUCCUCCAGGUCCCUAGGCAGCAGCAGGGGAGUCCUAGAACCAAGCCUGGGAAUCGGGUUGGGGCUUCCCGCUGUUGGGGCCUCCGGACUUGGCACGCUAGGCUCCACGGCCCUCUCCCUCCCAGCCAACAUCCAGCUACUCCAGGAGGACCUGAUACGAAGAGCAGCCACCUCCUACAUGUCAACUAACAGCCUGGGAUCAGCUGGAGGCUCCAGUUCAAUAAGAAGACUAGGCACCCCGACAUAUCACCUGCCUCCAGUCAAGGUCCCGCUGAGCAGGAAGAAGAAGAGUUCUAAACACUGCUUCCUCUGUGGCAAGAAGACUGGUCUCGCCACCAGCUACGAGUGCAGGUGUGGUAACAACUUCUGCGCCACCCACCGCUACGCGGAGACCCACGACUGCACGUACAACUACAAGAGCGCCGGACGCCGCUUCCUCCAGGAAACUAACCCCAUCGUCAACGCUCCCAAGCUGCCCAAGAUCUGAGCCCCUGUCCCCCCCUCUAUCCCUGCACUCCUCCUUCCUCGAUUUACCUGAAUGAUUAAAAACAAAAAGGAAGGAUCUUGAUCACCAUUGUGUGCUUUUUAAUCACCAAGUUUAACUUAAUGACAUUGAAAUGCCAAGUGUGAACAAAACAGAACAGAGAAUAUUAGCACACAAACUUUAUUAGCUAGCUAUCACCUCUGCUCCGGACAAUGUGAACAAACUGGUGAUCCACUUUCUUCGUAUAUUGUAACCUUGAUAUUUUUCCUUAGCAAAAAAGUAUUGCAUGUACUAUACAUAGAUGUUUUUUUAAAGCAGAAGAUGUCCGUUUUAUUUCAUGUUUUAACGGAACAGAAGUGCACAUCUCCAAGCGUAAACGUUAUCCGUAUUUUUAAUUUUUUUAUUUUGUCAGAUUUGUUUUUCUUAAAAUAGGACUGCAGAUCACUUUUUCAUGCGACAAGUCUUUGAGAGAUGCACUUUAGAAUUAUCAUAUUUAUAUACCAAUGUUUGACUUUUUGUUUUUUUGUAGGCUCUUGCAGUUCUGUGUUUGUCGUUUUAAAUAACUGUUUUUGUUGUCUUACUGUCAAUCAUGUUUUUAUAUCCAGUACCCCUUGAAUUAUUCCACAUUUUGUUGUUACAGCCAUCUACACACAAUACCCCAUAUUGACAAAGUGAAAACAUGUUUUCAGACAUUUUUGCACCUUUAUUGAAAAUGAAUCUCAUUUACUUAAGUAUUCACACCCCUGAGUCAAUGGAUGUUUGAAUCACCUUUGGCAGCGAUUACAGCUGUAAGUCUCUUAAGAGCUUUGUACACCUGGAUUGUACAAUAUUGCCGCAUUAUUCUUUUAAGAAUUCUUCCAGCUCUGUCAAAUUUGGUUGUUGAUUAUUGCUAGACAACCAUUUUCAGGUCUUACCAUAGAUGAUUAAGUAGAUUUAAGCCUUGUGUUUUAGGUUAUUGUCCUGCUGAAGGGUGAAUUAAUCUCCCAGUAUCUGUAUGAAAGCAGACUGAACCAGGUUUUCCUCUAGGAUUUUGCCUACCUUUUAGCUCCAUUUAGUAAAUGUUUUUAUCCUGAUAAACUCCCCAGGCCUUAACGAUUACAAGCAUACCCAUAACAUGAUGCAACCACCACUUUACUUGAAAAUAUGGAGAGUGGUAAUCAGUAAUGUGUUGCAUUGGAUUUCCCCAAAUCUAACGUUUUGUAUUCGGGACAAUGUUAAUUGCUUUCCCACAUGUUUUGCAGUAUUACUUUAGUGCCUUGCUGCAAACAGGAUGCAUGUUUUGAAAUAUUUCUAUUCUGUACAGGAUUCUUCCUUUGCACUCAGCAAAUAGGUUAGUAUUGUGGAGUAACUACAAUGUUGUUGAUACAUCCUCAGAUUCCCCCCCCCCCCCCCCAUCACAGCCAUUAAACUGUGUAACUGUUUUAAAGUAACCAUUGUCCUCAUGGUGAAGUCCUUUACGGUUUCCUUCCUCUCCAGCAACUGGGUUAGGAAGAGCGCCUGUAUUUUUUGGAGUGACUGGGUGUAUUGAUACACCAUCCAACGUGUAAUUUACUUCACCAUGCUCAAAGGGAUAUUCAAUGUCUGCUUUUUUUUCUUUUUUUUUUACGUAUCUACAUUAGCUGAAACACUCUAGGGCAGCAGUUUUCCAAUAUGGCUGCCUACCAGCUCUAUGGGCCAAAUUUAAGAGCGGUUUCACAUGGCCAAAAGAUAUAAAGCCCAAUUAUGUACCAAUAGGUGCCUCUUUGCCAGGCAUUGGAAAAACUCCCUGGCCUUUUGUGGUUGAAUCUUUGUUUGAAGGUCUCUGCUUGACUGAGGUAUCAUACAGAUAAUUGUGUGUGUGGUACAGAGAUGAGGUAGUCAUUCAAAAGUCAGGUUAAACAAUAUUAUUGCUCACAGAGUGAAUCCAUGCAGUUUGUGACUUAAGCACAGUUUUACUCCUGAACUUAUUUAGGCUUGCCAUAACAAAGGGGUUGAAUACUUAAUGACUCAAGAUAUUUCAGCUUAUAAUUUUAUUUGUAAACAUUUCUAAAAAACAUAAUUCCAAUUUGACAUGGGGUACUGUGUGUAGGCGAGUGACAAACACAUCUCAAUGUAAUCCAUUUUAAAUUCAGACUGCAACACAACAAAAUGUGGAAAAAGUAAAGUGGUGUGACUACUUUCUGAAGGCACUCUCUCCUCGCCACUUCUGGCAUCAAUGUUACAACGCGUCUUCUACUAAAUGAACUAAUACUGAACACUCCCCGUUGAUGAGAAACUAUAAAAUGGAUUACUUUCAUGUUAAUUCAAGAUCAGCUUUGACAUAAGUAUGCAAAUAGCAUGUCAAACAUGCUGUAUGGUAGCAGGGGAAGGAAUAUAGAAUUUUGGUUUAUGGUUGCCAUAAAAAAAAUUAAAUGGUAUUUUAAAUUGCACAGCUGUUGCAAAAAACGUUUAGUUACUAUAUUGGAGGGCUGGAAUAAUCUAACAUAUGGCUGUGUUAACUUGUUUGAAUGAAUAGUAAAAAAUAAAAAGUGAUUACAAGAACUGGUCA